AAGGAAAAAGGAUGCACGUGCAGUUGUCCACAAGCCGGCUUCGGACUGCCCCUGGGAUGGGAGACCAGAGUGGCUGCUACCGGUGUGGAAAAGAGGGGCACUGGUCCAAAGAGUGCCCAGUAGAUCGCACGGGUCGUGUGGCAGACUUUACCGAGCAGUAUAAUGAACAGUAUGGAGCGGUCCGCACGCCGUACACCAUGGGCUAUGGGGAGUCCAUGUAUUACAAUGACGCCUACGGAGCACUCGACUACUACAAGCGCUACCGGGUCCGCUCUUAUGAGGCGGUGGCGGCAGCGGCAGCAGCUUCUGCGUACAACUACGCCGAGCAGACCAUGUCCCAUCUGCCUCAAGUCCAAAGCACAGCUGUGACCAGCCACCUCAACUCCACUUCUGUGGAUCCCUACGACAGACACCUGUUGCCGAACUCUGGUGCGGCUGCCACCUCAGCUGCUAUGGCUGCCGCCGCUGCCACCACAUCGUCCUAUUACGGAAGGGACAGGAGCCCACUGCGCCGAGCUGCAGCCGUGCUUCCCACUGUGGGAGAGGGCUACGGUUAUGGGCCAGAGAGUGAGUUAUCUCAGGCUUCAGCAGCUGCACGGAAUUCUCUGUAUGACAUGGCCCGGUAUGAGCGGGAGCAGUAUGUGGACCGAGCGCGGUACUCAGCCUUUUAAAAACUGGAGGUAGGAUAAUUGCGGACUGAACCCUCGGGCUGCGGUCAUAUAUGAGAACUUGCUCCGCGCGGUCCCCUUUGCCGGGAUGUUUCCAUUGCUUCAUGUUUCAGUAAACAAAGGAGUUUGUGACCAACUAUGUUUUCUUUCUUAAUUUAAUUCUUCUAAGUUGACUUUUCUUUCCUCCUGAUAAUAGUCUCUGUAGCCUUUCACUCUGUUCCUUAUAUUCUCAGCCUCUGAGCAGCCCUAGGUAAGGAUUAUGCUGGCAUCCCCUUUUUCCUGUGCAGUGGAAGCCCUCUUAUCUUGCUUUCCCUAGGAGUUGAACCCUUCUCCCUACCUGCAGCAUCUCCUUUCCCUUUAAAAAGAACAUGUAGUGGCAAGCAGCCUUUGACUCUUCUCUGUUAGCUCUGGACUCUAACACUGAAGCUUAUCUUCUGAAAUUGCUAGGACCAUUGGGGGUUUUGUUGUUGUUUUGUUUGUUUUGUUUUUUAUGUCUGACCUGUGAUCGUGGUGCAGCAUUAGCUGAAAUUUAGCCUUGUUUACUCCACUCCUCCCAUUUUUUUAUUUUUUGACAAAUAAACGUUUCUAACACUUAAAUAUC